GUACAAAGGUUGAACAAAAACAAAGUGCUGUUGCCUCACAUUAUUUCUUCUCAGUGCAUUGAAAAAUCACUUGGUGUACUGCCUCUGAGAAGCAACAGACAGGCUCUAAACAUGAAACUCUCUUGCCUCGUGAUCUGGGCUGGAACACUCUUUCUGAAUCCAGUCACUGCUGAGUGCAACACAGUUUCUCAAACUGUCACUUGUGAGGAGUCUGGAAAGAAUCUCUCUAAUAUCCCCACUAACCUCUUCCAAAACAUUACUAAAUUAAGCCUCAAAAAUAAUGAAAUCACUUUAAAAGAUAGUGACAAAGAGAUUCUUCAAAGUUUUAUUAACCUCACAGAACUUUAUCUGAAUGAAAACAUGAUCACUGUACUGUACAAUAACAGCUUCUGCAAUCUGACAAAACUUGUAACUCUGGACAUAAGCAAUAACCAUAUCAGCACAGUUCACAAAGCAGCAUUCGCAGGAUUAAAUCAACUCUCAGUGUUGAACCUAUCCUAUAACAGAAUUACCCAAUUACACUCAGAUGUAUUUACUUCUCUAAAAAGUCUGACAGUUUUAAAUCUACAGUAUAACCUUCUGAAAUAUUUUCAUAUAAAAUUACCUUUCAAAUUGACUAAAAUUGGUUUAACUGGAAACCCAUGGAUCUGCUCCUGUGACCUCCUUGAUUUACAAAUGUGGCUAACUGCCUCCAGCGUGAUAAUGGAAAAUGAAAACAGCACAACGUGUACGGUGCCAAACACCAAGGAAAAAUUCCCCAUCAAGACAGUAGCUAUCCCAUCAGCUGACUGCAAAACUGAAGCCUCUCCUUUAGAAGAUGCCAUCGUAACUUCCACUUCUGCUGUUAAGCUUAAAAGUAGUGUCUUAGUAACAUUUUUGACUACAAACGACACGACUGGAAACAACGGAACACGUGCAGAGUUACCACUUGUCGGAAAGAGCUGGACCUUCCUAGCAGGUGUUCUAGGGUUUGUCCUAGGCACCACACUCCUGAUACUCACUGCUAUAAAAUGCCCAACAUGGUGUAGCUAUUUGAUCAGCUACAGUCACCAUCGUCUGGAAGAAAAUGACUCAGAGAUGUUUGAGCAGGAGUUCUCAGCUGACACGAGUUCUUCUCCUACAGUAUCAAACGAUGAAGAUCUCACAGUAAUCUUUGAAAAAAAUCAUGCAUUUGUGCCAGUGGAAGAUGGAUUUAUUGAGGAUAAAUACAUAGAUCUUACGUUAACUGAGGAGAGUUAA